GAAUAUUGAAACGUGUAUCCAUGGCAACGGAUACUCCUUGCAGACUGGUAAUACUGUGAACUGUCACAUCUCAAUCCUUCUCUGUCAGUUCAUGGAGACCAGGAGGGACAGAGAGGAGGGGGCCCUUCCCUCCAUUGAGAGGAGUCCCUCUUUACAAGAGGAGCUCCAGAAAUACCAUCAAAGAGACUUACUUCCUUCUCACAUAUACAGGGUUGGGAUGAAGAUAUUUGGAAAGAAACCACUAUCAAGAAAGCGAAUCAUAAACCCCUCAACAACAUGGAGGGACCCUCCAGCCACAAGUGUCAGGAAUAGUUUAAUAAAGGAGCCGUCAUUGGAGAAAUCAGCAUUACUUAGUUCAGCAAAGGGGUCCAGAACUGAUAGCAAUGUAAUGUCGGUAGAGAUGUACAAGGAAUGGGUGGCAAGGAGGAAGGAAAUGAGAAAUAUGCUCGAUUCUAUUGGUGCCCAUGAACAAUGGCUCUCUUCAAAAGAGUGCACUCCGGUUGAGGCAGCUUUGCUGGAGAAACUAAGACGAGAGAGGAUAGAAAAGAACAAAGUUAAACCACCUCCGACCCCAUCAGAGACAUCAGGGACUGAUGAUGAAGGACUAUCUACUGCCGAACUGAGACGGAUAAAACUAUUAGAGAGAAAGAGGCUACUCGAAGACAUCAACCGUCUUGAGAAACUCCUCAAAACCUGCCGAACAAGAAUAGCAGAACUAGUAGUUCCCUACGAUAUUAACAGAACUUACCUCAUACCAUCAGAGCUAUUGCUUGACUGCCUGGAAAGAUACAUAAUACCGCCUAGCAUACCAUUACAGUCGACCAUUAGACUGAUAGAAGCACUUGAGAAGGAGACAGGGAAAGAAGACGGGGUUAUUGAUUAUCGUAAACUUUUCCAAACAGGACUUGCAAGUAUUGUCCUGCACCAUAGCCUCCCAGACACUAGAGAAAGCUCUGAUAUACUAGUAGAAGACUCUACCACAUCAGUUAAUAGUAGCCGCUAUAGUGAAGGCAGCAGUGAUCUGUCUUCAUUAGGCACUUACUCUGAUGGCUCUUCUAGUGCCACUGGUUCAUCUGUUGGUAGGACCCUAAGUUCAAUGGAAGGAGACAGAGGAGUGUGGUCGAGUGAGUUCAAAAGUGAUUCACACAGGCAGUUUGUGGCAUUACUGGAAUAUUGUCAAAAGCAGGGCAUUGUAUUGGACAGGAAGCUAGCUAAGAGAGGCCUGCUGAUACCUCCUGACAAGAAGAGGCAGGAUUGUCUACAGAGCUUACAUCAGCCUGGGACUGAUCUCCUCUCCAGGGCUACACUAUAUCCUCCAAAGGAAAACGAAGGAGAAGAGACAGAGAAUGAAAUAGAUUACUGCUACGGCUGGCAGUAUCAGCAACUACGUGGACCAACAAAACCAAAACUGACGAAACUCUCAACAGGCGUCAUGCGUAUAAAACCCAAAACAGACUCAUGGCUGACAUUUGCUGAAUUUGACAAGCUGACAAAGGAGAUACAAUCAAGACCUGGUUUCAAUUACAAGUAUCAUGGUCUCCCUUCUAAUAGUGCAUUUUGGCCUGGAGCUCUUGAAGAUAAGCUAAGAUUAUAUUUACCACAAGAGACUUCAGAGACAAAGCCCUGCUCUGUUAAUACGAUAUACCAACCAGUUCAUAGGCAUAGGGUCCUUAAUAAUAGUGGUAUAAGUGUAUUGCAUACUGAGAGAGGAUUGUGGCCAGUUAAUGAUAGUGGAUAUGUUCAGUUUGGCAGUUCUCUUGCUAGAACUAAAAAGACUUACAUAUCUUGACAUUGUUUAUAAGUAAUAAUCAAUGUAAUUAUGUAAUAUAACUUUAUGUCUUAAUAAUAAUUUAUUU